GUUUACAUUGAGUUCGCAAUUUGGAUUUGCAUUCUUUGAUUGUUUCAAGUUCUUGUUGUCUGCUGGUUAUAAGUAGUUGACUUCAGACUUUAAAUUAUGUUUAUGCGCCGGAGUAAAUUCAAGCACGUUUUCGGCAAGCCAUGCAAGAAAGAGUUUUGUUAUGAAGAUAUACGAAUAACCAAGAGUAGUUGGGAUGCUCGAUUUUGUGCUGUCAAUCCUAAAUACCUAGCCAUUAUCACUGAAGCUGCCGGUGGUGGUGCGUUUCUUGUCUUACCUAUAGAAAAGGUGGGUCGAGUGGAGCGUGAUGCUCCUCUUGUUGCUGGACAUAAGGGAAGUGUCUUAGAUAUACAAUGGUGCCCACAUAAUGAUGAUCUCAUCGCCAGUGGUUCAGAAGACUGUACUGUAAAGGUUUGGCAAAUCCCAGAAGGUGGACUUCUUCCGAAAACAAAUUUGACGACACCUGUGGCUGACCUGGUGUGUCAUCAGCGUCGUGUUGGGUUAGUCGUGUGGCACCCAACUGCUGAACACGUUCUAUUAUCGGCAGGUACCGACAACAUGGUGUAUAUAUGGAAUGUGGCUACAGAAGAGCCAUUGGUUGAGAUAUCAUUUCCAGAUAUUGUCUUAUCUGCUUGUUUUAAUUAUAAUGGCUCUCGCUUGGUUACAACUUGUAAAGAUCGGCGUACACGAGUGCUUAAUCCACGAACUGGAUCAAUUAUUGUUGAUGGCAUUUGUCACCAAGGCUCAAAACCACAGGAGGCUGUUUAUAUUAAAGACAAUCGAAUUUUUACCACUGGUUUCUCACCAAUGAGCGAACGCCAGUAUGCGUUAUGGAAAGACGAGGAUAUUUCUGAACCUUUGCACAUUCAAGAAUUAGAUACAAGCAAUGGCGUACUAUUUCCUUUCUAUGAUUCAGAUACCAAUUUAAUAUAUCUUUGUGGGAAAGGUGAUAGUACGAUAAGGUACUUCGAAAUAACUGAUGAAGAACCAUAUAUACACUAUAUUAAUAUGCUUACCAGUUCAGAUCCACAGAGAGGAAUGGGUUGGAUGCCGAAACGGGGAUUGGACGUAAAUCAAAAUGAGAUUGCCAGAUUUUAUAAAUUGCAUGCUAAAGGAUUAUGUGAAGUUAUCCCGUUCACUGUACCUCGAAAAUCAGAGCUAUUUCAAGACGAUCUUUAUCCGGAUACAAUUGGUGAUGUUCCAGCACUGACAGCUGAAGAAUGGAUGUCUGGCAAAGAUGCAGAUCCUGUCUUGGUUUCUCUCAAGGAAGGUUAUGUUCCAAAGUCAAAACCGAAAAAGCGUAUUGGUAAGGUGAUCCCAGCCAGUUCAACAACAGGAAAUGAAGACCAGCAGUCAUCUCUGUCAGUCCCACAAACAAAAGCUUCAUCCCAUCAAAAUCGUCAAUCUGUUUCCAAGUCACCGAAUCCUGAAGUUCCUCAAAAAACCGAUCUUUUAGACACACAGAGACAAAGAUCAACUAAAAGUACUCCACCUAAAGAUGUCCCAUCUUCAGAACAAGUAAACGGUGUCGCAACCGGUGCCAAUCAUGUGAACCUUGUUGACGUUCAACACCUCAUGGAAGAUAUUCGUAAGAUGAAGAUUAUAAUCAAAGGUCAUGAAAGACGCAUACGGAACUUAGAAGAGCGUCUAGACCUAACGGAUAGUGGUGGAGAUUGUGUUUCGUCUAUGUCUGUUAGUUCGAUUAAAUAAGUUGAAAACCUAACUGUUUUCAUCAGGUCUACAAGAAUUCAUCCUUCUUCAUACACUAUUCGUUAAUCAUUACCAGUAAUUCAAAAAAACAUUCUGUGUAGGCUGUCAUAUCAUAUUUUCGGGAUAAAAAUAGCUAAUUUUGUCAUGGUGUUCGUUGCAUGUAUCCUGAAAGCUUUCUUUUUUUUUUAGUGCCCAUAAAACAAGAAAUGUCUUCCAAUUUCUGUCACUGAAGUAAACUUUUCGGACAUCUAUUUCUCUUUGUCUCUAUUGACUGAGUUUAUCUUAUCGGCUUAAUGAAACAUACUCCAAUUUCAUUCUAUGUAAAUCAAUUUUGAUCGACAAAUUAGUAGUUUGAACAAACUAUUAUAUUCGUCAGCAUUUACUAACAGGAUAUAUAUAUAUAUAUAUAUAUAUAUAUAUAUAUAUAUAUAUAUAUAUAGCCUUUGUUUGCCUUUCUCUUCUUCCGCUAAUCCCCAAAGCAUAAUGUGCGAUUUUUACAGUUCUCAUUGUUUGCUAAAUAGUCUACUUUGGUAUAAACACACAUGUAGACAUAUAGUCUCUCUUUACGCUUACAUACUUUAUAGUCCAUUGAAAGUUUUCCAUAAUCACACACACACUUCGACAUAACUCUAACCAUAUUUUCACAUAAAUCUUACCAAUUUAUGUACAAGUGGGUGAAUGAAUGAAUACCUAUGAAUCUCUUGUACUCAACAUCAAUUGAUACCCCGUGUUUAUUUCUUAUUUUUCAGCCGUUCUCCUUUCUUUUCAAUAUGGUUUUAUUUCGAAGGAUGUUAUUGAAUCUUUUCUCUCUUGAUUUUUUUGCUUGAUUCCCACUUGGAGUUUUUCAUUUCUUGUUUUUCGUCGUUAUCAUUUAAUCUAGUUUCUAACUAUCUGCUGAAAUUAACGGUUUACUAAAUACACAGCUGUUAGCAAGUAAUGUAUGACUACAAUGAUGAUAGUAGCCACGUCUAGUUCAAUUUGUAUGUUGAUUAUAAGGAAUCUUUUAGUUUUGUCUUUAGCUCCUGUAUUUUUUAUCUUCUCAGAUUACCUUUGAUCAUUUCUAGCUGUAUGUGUAGAUUUCGUCUCCGUUCUCUUUUUGCAACUUGCUUUUAUACUCUUUCUACGGUGCGAGUUCAUUUCUUAAAUCUUCUCGUAUUUAUAUAUAUAUGCAUAUAUCUUGAUGUUUUCCUUUUGUUUUGCGUAUUCUUUAAUCAAUGUCAAUGAAACAUUCGCUUUUUGAAAAAUGAAAGUUAUUGAAUUCAGUUUCGUUGAUUCAGAUGAAAAAGUACUUUCAUCUAUUUAGUGUUCAUUUUUGUUAUUGUUUUCGAGAAGGUUGACCUUUACCAAAAUGAAAUUAGGUGUGCAUCCUAAGAACAAUUUCUAAUUAUCAGUUUCUUUCAAGCAGGUAUUAGUUGACUAUUGUGUGGGUUGAAACUUUCUAUUUUCAUAUGUAGUACACAUAUCAGUUUGAUGGAUGUCUUCUGCAGUGUAACCAAGACUAUGGACUAUGGGAUUAUUUUCUAUUGUUUCAUUAGAG